UGCCAUGGCAAUUCAGUCUUGAAUUCUUUGGGCAUUAGAAAAAUAUUUGUAUUUGUUUUUCUCAGCAACAAAGUCCCUCAGAAUGUGUUUGUCUUUUAUUCACAUUUCUUCAUAGACGAGAUAAUUUUAUACUGUUCUUAGGAUGGAUUUGACUUUCUGGUGGUGGAGAUUUUUCUGUUCACAUUGCUCCAGAAUACACAGGUUUAUGACUUGUUAUGUGAUCUCUGUGAGGGAAAAAGACUCAAAACAUAUGGAUGAUCAGAUGUUAAGCUUGGGGGAAAUCAAAAAUUAAACUGUCUCAGAGCUGUUAAGAGUCUCCUUUGCUAUAUAUUUUAUGUGAUGUGUGUAUUGUAUGGGUGUAGAGGGAGAUGCCAUCUUGGGAAAAAAACUCUGAGGAAAAGAAAUUGCUCUGAAAAAUGAACUGUUUAUACAGUUGCUUUAAAGUCUGGUCAGCUAAAAGCAGAUGUUACAAAUUAAGAUGGAAACUUGCCUGAAGCCAAAAGGAUUGGAGAGCAUACUUUUUAAUCAUUAAAAAACUAACUGAAAAUCAGAUUUCAACAAUGACAGAACCUGCCUUUUCUUUAGAUAACUUAUUUUUUGAAGGACCAGGCACAAAGCAAAUGUAUCUAGAAAAUGAAGAGCCAACAAACUGGGAUCUUGCACCUGUUCCAUCUGUUUUUGAAAUUCCACCCACUCAGGAGCUACAAAUGGAUUUUGCAAAACUUAACCCAAAAGAGUCCUUUGGAAAAGAAAUAUUAAUUAAUUUUCCAGAAGAAGAUGAUAAUGAAAGUGUUUACUCAACAUUCAGGAAAAGCUUAUUUAAACCAGCUUCUUAUACAUAUGCAAAUAAUGCCAGUGCAAAGAUAGAAAUGGAUACAUAUUGCAAUAUUAUUAACAACAAAGAGAUGAAAAAAGACUUAUGGAAAAAUAAUAUGCAGAUAGCCAAAAAUUCAGAUUUUAAUUGUCUUUCUAUAAAUAAUACUUUUUCUGCUUCUGCAAAUACAAAAGAAAUUAAAAAAGCACCAUCAUUUCCAUGUAUUUCAGAGAUCUCUAGUACGGAAGUAAUAUCUAAAAAUGACUCCGUGGUUUUGAGGCCUGUGACUGAAAUCCCCACACAAUUUAGAAAUAUUUUCAAAGAGUUCCCUUAUUUUAAUUUUAUUCAGUCUAAGGCUUUGGAUGAUAUCCUUUACACAGACAGAAAUUUUGUAAUCUGCGCACCAACUGGUUCUGGAAAAACUGUGAUGUUUGAGCUUGCAGUUACCAGAUUAUUAAUCAAAGUGCCAAUACCUUGGUUAAAUAUUAAAAUUGUAUAUAUGGCUCCAAUAAAAGCUCUCUGCAGUCAGCGCUUUGAUGAUUGGAAAGAAAAAUUUGGACCCAUUGGACUCAUCUGUAAGGAACUAACAGGAGACACAGCAGUGGAUGACUUAUUUGAGAUACAGCAUGCUCACAUUAUUUUGACCACGCCAGAAAAGUGGGAUAGCAUGACUAGAAAGUGGAGAGAUAACUCUUUAGUUCAGCUAGUGAAACUUAUUCUCAUUGAUGAGGUACAUGUUGUAAAAGAUGAGAGCCGGGGUGCUACUCUUGAAGUUGUGGUCAGCCGGAUGAAAACUAUUCAGUCUUCUUUCUCACAGAGUUCUGACAAUCCUAACUCAGUAUUUCCCAUGAGAUUUGUGGCAGUUUCUGCAACAAUUCCAAAUGCAGAAGACAUUGCAGAAUGGCUUUCAGAUGGCAAGAGGCCUGCUGUAUGCCUGAAAAUAGAUGAAAGACACCGUCCAGUGAAGCUGCACAAAGUUGUGCUUGGAUUUCCCUGCAGUAGCAAUCAAACUGAAUUCAAAUUUGACUUAACACUUAACUAUAAAGUAGCUAGUGUUAUUCAAACAUAUUCUGAACAAAAGCCAACACUUGUGGUAUGCGUGACAAUUUCCCCCUUAACAAUUGUCAGUGUAUAUUUCAGAAUUAUUAUAAACAAUGGAUUUUCUUAUUUACAGUUCUGUGCCACAAGGAAAGGAGUUCAGCAAGCUGCUUCUGUACUAGCAAAAGAUGCUAAAUUUAUUAUGACUAUAGAACAAAAACAAAGAUUACAAAGAUCUGCAAAUUUAAUAAAAGAAGCCAAGCUUAGGGAUCUCCUUAUUUGUGGAGUUGCUUAUCAUCAUGCUGGAGUAGAAGUGUCUGAUAGAAAAACAAUUGAAGCAGCUUUUAAUAUGGGAGACAUACCAGUUCUUUUUACUACUAGUACACUUGCCAUGGGAGUAAAUUUACCAGCACACCUGGUAGUUAUAAAAUCAACAAUGCAUUAUGCUGGAGGAAUGUUUCAAGAGUACAGUGAAACUGAUAUUUUGCAAAUGAUUGGGAGAGCAGGAAGACCUCAAUUUGAUACAACAGCAACAGCAGUUAUCAUGACAAGGCUAAGUACAAGAGACAAGUAUGUUCAUAUGCUAAAUGGUGCAGAUACAAUAGAAAGCAGUUUGCACAAACAUCUAAUUGAACACUUAAAUGCUGAAAUAGUGCUUCACACCAUCACUGAUGUGAACAUAGCUUUAGAAUGGAUGAGAUCAACUUUCCUUUAUAUCAGAGCUUUGAAGAAUCCAGCUUAUUAUGGGUUUUCAGCUGGGCUGGACAGAAAUGGAAUUGAAGCAAAAUUACAAGAACUAUGUUUGAAGAAUUUGAAUGAUUUGUCAUCACUUGAUCUGAUCAAGAUGGAUGAUAAUCUCUACUUCAAGACCACAGAAACUGGACGACAGAUGGCUUGGUAUUAUAUUGCAUUUGACACCGUAAAAAAGUGUUUCAUGAUUAACGGAACAGCAACUUUAUCUGAACUGGUUGUAUUGAUAUCUGGUUGCAGUGAAUUUUCAGACAUCAAGUUAAGAACAAAUGAGAAAAAAGUACUUAAUUCCUUGAACAAAGAUAAGAAGUGGAUGAACAUAAGAUAUCCAAUGGAAGGAAAAAUAAAAACAAGAGAAAUGAAAGUAAACUGUCUUAUUCAGGCACAAUUAGGAUGCAUUCCCAUACAAGAUUUCACCUUGACGCAAGAUAUAGGAAACAUUUUUAGAAAUGGCAUAAGACUUACAAAAUGGUUAUCUGAAUUUCUGGCUACCCAUCAAAACAACUUUAUUGUAUUACUAAAUGCUUUGAUUUUAGCGAAGUGUUUCAGAUGUAGACUUUGGGAAAAUUCACUUUAUGUAUCCAAACAGCUAGAAAAAAUUGGUAUGAGUUUAUCAAAUGCAAUGAUGAAUGCAGGAUUGACGUCCUUUAAAAAAAUAGAAGAUACAAAUGCAAGAGAGCUUGAAUUGAUUUUGAACAGACAUCCUCCUUUUGGAAAUCAGAUUAAAGAAUCAGUAGCACACCUUCCAAAAUAUGAACUUAAUAUAGAGCAGCUGGCAAAGUACAACGAAGCAGUAGCUGAAAUCAUAGUGACAAUCAUAUUAACCAAUUUUGAACAGAUGCAGAUAAAAAGAACUGCUCCAGAUUCUCAUUAUGCAACUCUAGUAAUAGGAGAUAAUGAUAAUAAUGUGGUUUUUAGACAAAGGAUUAUGGAUUCUGCUUUGCUGAAAAAUGGAAACUGGACUAAAAAGAUUGAAGUGAGAAGAGCUGUUAAUUCUGAUGAGCUUAAUAUAAAUCUAAUCAGUUCUGAAUAUGUUGGAUUGGAUAUUCAGCAGAGAUAUAAACCAUUUUACUUGGGACCAAAGAAGGUUGGAAUCAUGAUCACUCAUGGAAAACCUAAUAUCUCUCAGAUAUCUUCAAUAGGGUCAUCAAAAUUAAGAACAAAUAAAGAAGCCACUUGUAGCCAAGAAUCACUAAGCAUAAAGAAUGGAAAUAGAAAAUGCAAUCACCACUGCAAAAAUAAAGAAACAUGUGGACAUGAUUGUUGUAAAAUUGGAGUUUCAGAGAAAUCUAAUAUGAAGAAUGAGUCAGCUUUUUCUUCAUAUCUUACUGACUUAAGAAACAGGAAUGCUGAAUCUGUCAUUCCCCCAGUCAAACGACUAAAGAUGCAGAUGUCAAAUAAAUCUCAAAAAGUCGAUCUUAAACAAUUUAGUUAUAUUCCAAAAGCUUUUCUUCCAGGAUUGCCAAGAUUAGAACAUGUACAACAUCCAAGAUCCCCUUUACAAGAAGACAUCUACAGUUCUAAUGUCUGUCAAACAUUUCAACCAGAAACUGAAGUUCGCAAAAUGAAUGGUUUCUUUGCUAUCAAGCAAUCUGAUGAAAAGAAUAACCUGACAAUGAGCUCACAUGAAAGUCUUGAAGAAUCUUCAAUGAGCAACUUGACUGAUGCAGAUAAAAGCAUCUCUUUAUUUUCUGAAACUUUGAAUGUAAAUUUUGAAUUAGGAAAUGAAAUUUGGAAUGAUUAUAAUGAUGAGAGUUUUGUACACAGCAAUGCUAAUAUGCAGAAGUUAAAAAAUCCAGAAUCUUCUCCCCUGAAAUCCAGAAACACAUGCAUCCAGAAUUUGAGAAAAAAUACAUCAUUUUUCCAAAACACUGAGAAAAAGCCUCCUGGGGUACUUUUUAAAAGUUAUUCUACAGAUAAAACAAAACCUGAUAUCUGUUUACAAAAUUCUUACUCUCCUUCACUGACUCCUCCAUCCAGUAGCAAAUUACAUAUAGAAUAUGGAAAUAAAAAUAUUUCUAGACUUCAAGAAGAAUAUAAUCCACCAGAAAAUCUGAAAAUGGCACAAUUAACUACAACCUCAGAAACAACCUUGAGAUCUUACCAAGUUGCUGGAAAGGGAGACUUUUUUAUUACUAACAGAACUAUGACAAAGGGAGCUGAUCUUAGGCAUCAGCAUGAUGAUAAUGGUGAUAUUAAGCCUUUUCUUGGCAUAUUUGAUGGCCUUUUCUAAUGCUCAUAAACACAAUAUUUUAUCAGUGGGGAAGAAUAAAUCUUAAUUUUGAGGAUGAGAGACCUUCAAAUGCCAAUUGAGCAUUUUCUACUUUUUCAGUUUAUAAUAAUUCAUUGAUAGUCAAUUUUGCUAUAUGGAUAAUACUGUAAUUACCAAAAUGCUAUAUAAUUACUUACAUGCAUACUUAAUUUGUAAUACUAUUUAAAUGUCAAAAUGUUUCCUUAGAUAAGAUUGUACUCAAAAUAUACUAUUUUUGAAUUUUAAAUUUUACAAUUUUAUUCUGGAAAAUAAUAUUAUCUUUGCCAAAUAUAUCUCUUAAAUAAAUAUCUUUGUGAACUUUU